AUGAAACCCGCUAGGGUGCGGCGCAAGAAGCGUCGGAAAGGAGAGGAGGACACCGAGCAGUUACCUGCGAAAGGACCAGGGUUUCAUUGGUACAUCUUCAGUCUGAGCAUCCUCCUGGUCACCGCGUUUUCCUUUCUCAAUUUCUUAUCCCUUCCAGAUGCUCGAGCUCAUUCCUUGCUGAGUGCCGUCCUGCUGAAACGCCGAGCCGCCAUAUCAGGGGACCCGCACUCAGAUCCAGCAUUCCAUGGGAUGAAUGAUGAGGAGAGGAUCGCCUUGCUCAAGGCUGCAGAGGAGGCAUUGCAAGCACCUUUGCCUGUGGUGCAGGCUGACCAGGGGCAUGAGCAUGCUGCGCUUCGUGGCGGCCAAAAGCCAUUUGCCACCUCAGCUCCAGGGCCUCCAGCUCCUCCAGAGAAGAGUGCGGCGAACAUGGCGCUGCAGGCAGUGGAUUCCUUGCGUGCAAGAUCCAAGGCCGUUUUCUCCGCCAUCUCUAUACCUUUGCAGCUGGGCUCUGGUGGAGGCAUUGCGACCUUCUCUGGUGAGAGCUGGCUGCAGCUUGAUGAAGCCGUGGAUGCUGAUGAGCUCACCUUCGGUGCAUGGAUCUAUGUGCCACAGAUCCCAGAAAUGUCUUUUCCGCUGGCAUCGGAGUCGAUGAAGACCAUUGCAUCGACCAAAGUCAGUGGUUGCUCCACCACUAACAAAGGCUGGGCUCUCUUUAUGCAUGAGUGGUCAACCACCAAUCGACAGUUGCGACUGUCUUGGACCGACUCCGUCAGCGGCUGCAACGAGAUCUACUCUGAGAGCACUUUGGUGCCCUAUGAUAAAUGGGUCAUGGUCGGAUUCUCUCUAUCCAAGGCCCGAAACCGUGCCAGCAUCAUGUUGGACAAGCAGCUGAUCGUUGACACUCAGCUGGGCCUGGGCAAGUACUCCCGCCAGCAGCAGACCAUGGGAAUCCAGCAGGCCGGCAUCGACCAGCGGAUUCUCUCAGAUUCGGGCAAGAUUCUGUUUGGGGCCCAUAUCAUGCCCAAGGCCACAGAUAUUGCCAUGGCGCAUGGCUUUAUCGGCUUUAUGGGUGACACGCGGAUCUUGGCGCAGUCGACCGAUGGAGCAAAGCUAGUGAAUCUCCUCCACUGUGAGGCCAAGGACUUGACCAGCGGAUCCCCGAAUUGUGGCACUCACACUUCCGGACUGAAGGUUUUGGUGCAACACCAGGUUAAAUCUGAGAGCAUCAACUCAAUCUCUGGGGGUCGGCUUCAACCCCGCUAUGUCAAGGGCUUCAACGCAGGGGAAGGGCAGUCAGCAGUUCCAAUUGUCAAAUGGGACGCGAAGCCUGCGCACCCCAUGUCCAACGAUGCUGCUGCGCUAGAGAUCGAGAGCGUACCUGGCCCCACGCUGCCACCUGAGAAAUUGAGCGCGACAUGGCCAAAGGAGUGGCUCUCACGCUACGGCAAGGAGGAGCUCAUGAAAUCACAGACUGAAGCAGAUGUUUGGGCCGCAGAGGUCAGAGGAGCAAUGAAGCACACCUGGGACGGCUACAGGACCAAAGCCUGGGGUCAUGAUGAAGUUCAACCGAACUCUGGGAGACCCAAGGACUGGUGCCGGAUGGCGGUCACAAUGUUAGAUGCGCUGUCCACGCUGUGGGUGAUGGGUUUCCGCCAAGAGUUCGAGGAAGCUGCCCAAUGGCUCGAAGACAGCAACCUCCCAGGGCCCGGCAGUCAUGGCCAAAACAGCCUCUUCGAGAUCAACAUCCGAGCCUUUGCAGGCCUGCUAUCAGCAUACUCCCUCAGUGGCAAGCGCGUCUUCUUGGACACAGCCCGUCGGCUGGGAGAGAAAUUGCUGUCGGCUUUUACCUCGCCCAGCGGCCUUCCUUUACCCACAAUUGACAUUGGCACCGGCAAAGCAGCAAUGCACUCUUGGAAUGCCAACACUGUCUUAGCUGAGGCAACGACCCUCCAGGUGGAAUUCCGCUACAUGUCCAAGGUCACUGGUGAUAGCCGGUGGCAGGAGGCAGCAGACAAGGCCAUGGAUGUGGUCUUGAAAGCUGCUGGUCAACGAGGUCUCAUUCCGAUCUAUUUGAGCUCUCCCAACAAGCAAGCAGUGUCCUUCGUGGGGAGUAAGAUGUCCAUGGGAGCCAUGGGUGACUCCUAUUACGAGUACUUGCUGAAGCUUUGGAUUCAGGGAGGCAAGAGAGAUGUCCAGUUAAAGGAGGCAUGGAAGAGGGCCAUGAAGGAGAUGUUUGACCAAAUGGUUUCGAAGACUGCAGGAGGCUUGCAGUUUCUCGCUGAAUUGGAGGGCGGGCAAAAGCGCAACCGCAUGGACCAUUUGGCCUGCUUUGUUGCUGGCAUGCUGAUGCUUGGCAGCCGUUCUCUCCCGCCCGAAGAGGUAGAUGCGCGGUGGGAGCCCUUCGCUGCAGAUUUAACAUACACCUGUUAUCAGAUGUAUGUGCGAACGCCGACCGGUUUGUCGCCGGAAUACGUCAACUUUAAUCCUGGAUCUGGGAAGGGCUCGGAUAUGUCAAUCCCGGGGGAUGCGCCACAGAACCUGCUACGGCCUGAAGCCGCGGAGGCCGUUUGGUACAUGUGGUACUACACCGGGGACCACAAGUACCGGCAGUGGGGCCAUGACAUGUUCUUGCCCUUCCUGAAGUACAGCAAGGUAAAGUAUGGCUUCUCAGCCAUCAGCGAUGUCCGGAAGAGAACCGCACCAAAAAGGGAUUCCCAGGAGAGCUUUUGGUUGGGUGAGACGCUGAAGUACUUCUACCUGAUCUUUGCUCCGCGCAACACCGUGAACCUGGAGGAGUUCGUCCUCAACACGGAGGCUCAGCCGUUGAAGGUCUUUGAUUGA